AUGUCCUUCUCUCCUUACGCUCCUCCAGCUGGAAGCCAUCCUCCUCCAUCAACCACGACUUACCCAUAUGGCACGUACGCUCCACCUCACGGUGCUUAUGGACAUCCAGCUCCAGGCGCAUACCCGUAUCAGGCUACUGGCGUGACUGGAUACGGUUGGCCAACCUAUCCAUACAGCUACGUUCCACAGCCUGCUCCGCAUAUCCAACGACUUCCUCAACCAUCUAACCAAGUAGCUGCGCAAACACUGGCGCCUCCUCCAGUGACACCCAGAGCCACCACCACGCUUCCCACAUACACCUCCAACUAUCCCAGAGAAAACGUAACAUUGUCUAGCAUCGGAAGUCUUACAGGUCGUGGUUCAAGGAAACAAUCCAAUCUUAGAGGCCUUUUUAACAAAGAAUUGAAAAACCUUAUGUAUGGAUUUGGAGAUGACCGAAACCCGUCAAACGAUACUGUGAACGUAAUGGAGGAAAUUUUGAUUGAGUAUAUUACUGAUGUUUGCCAGACUGCUGGGGGGGCAUCACGAAAAGCUCGGCUGUCCAUUGAAGAUCUUCGAAGAGCACUGUCGCGGCCUGCAGAUGCAAAGAAACUUGCGAGAUUAGAGGAGCUGUUGUUUAUGCAAGAAGAUAUCAAACGCGCUCGCGCUCAGUUUGAGGAGUCUGACAUACAUAACCCAAAGCAGUUCUGA